AUGGAGAUUCUGCGUCCGGCGUCGGGCAACUUGCCGUUGACUGCGGCUCGCGCGCGGACGGAGGUGUUGGAUCGCCUUGCGCAGAAAUACGACCACCAAUGCCGCACCUCCUUAGCUGCUUCGAACGCGGUCACGUUGGCGAUCAAUAACACUGGAGCUGGCGAUAGUGAAGCGAAGAAAACGACGUACGUGGCACUGGAUGAGUGGCGACAUGGAUUUGUACUGGCGGAGGGUAACGGCGCCGCGGCGUCGCCUUACGUUGCUGAAGUGCUCUCGGCGCUGUCGUCGCUGCCGUGCUCAAACUCCGGCACUAAGGUCUUCAUGGUCACGCCGACGUCGGGCGCUUACGCUCGAGCACGCCAGGAACUGCUACGCACCUCCAGCGCUCCGACCAACCCCUUCACGCUCACGGGCGUGUGCAUGACGCAGCAGACGGCGCUGCUACUUCACGAGUUGAUUAUCACCAGUCUGUCACUGGAGGAGGCGCUCGACAACGCUGUUCUUACUGCUGAUGCCCUGCACGUGAUGCCAUCGCUGCGUGAGCGUGUGAUCCGGGAGGUCUUCUUGGAGAAUGACAGUGCUGAUGUCGAAGGAGACGCUAGCGCCUUCGCUCAAGUCUCGGUUACAAGCUGGCGCUCCAUCGCGAUGGCAGUGAAGCAGGCCACUCGUCUCGAAUCCUUCUUACGCGCAGCGAUCGAGCAAGAGAAGCAGGCCUCGUCAACGCCGUCAGCCAUCCUGCGUCAGUUAGUAGAUGUGGGCAGCAGCGAUAUGGCGUGGAACACGCUGCGUCACACUGCGCAGCUUCUUGCGCCGCUCAACUUCCUGUCGGCGCUGAGUGAACUGCAGAGCGCUACGUCUGGCCAGAUGCUGGCGCUGUGGAUCUGGCUGUUCGGUGCUGCCAGUCGUUCCCCGCUUCUCGACGGGAACUCGGGCGCCAUAAGCACCAGUUUCCUGCAGCGCAUGGAGUGCUACGUGGGGGAACACUUCAUGGCCUGCUUGGUGCUAGACCCUCGCGUCCACGGCGCGGGUUUGAGUGUGUCUGGACUGCGACGCGCGCGCGGCGUCACCGUUCGCGUGGCGACUGCACUGAUCCCGGGCUUCAACGAGAACAACUUUAUUCGCUCGUACAACGACUACAUGAAGCAGUCCGGCGACUUCGGCGAGCCUGGAGUGUGGAACGCCGCCAAUACGGCCAAUCCGAUGGAGUUCUGGGGCGACUACGAGGGCGAUCCGCUGCACAACCAGCUCGCGAUUGUCGCCAAGACGGUCUGCGCGUAUGUCCCCCACACCAGUUCGAUCGAGGAGCUGUGGGCGGCUCACGCGCGUAGAAGCUCGAGCUCUUCGACUGAAGCCGCGACUGCCGAAGCUUCCCAGCUGCACGAGAAGUGCACGAAGGUUCGUCACAGCGUCUCUGUCAGCGCCCGCGCCGAUGUCAAGAGCGUCGUGAUCAGGUUCCAGACGCUGCUGGAGGGCGAGAACGAGCCGUCCGCCGAGGAAAUGCUGCAGUCCAAUGCUGCGGCCCAAGACCCCAGCGAGCAGGAGGGCGGCGCGCUCAAUCUGUCGGUGCGAACGGUGCUGCAGAGCAUCCAGGACGGACUGGACGAGGACAUGGCGGAAACGGGAGCUUCGACCACGAACCUGGACGCUUCCUGGUUUGAUAUCAGCUCCACGGGCCUGGACAAGAUCCGAGAGACGAUGGAGAAGUUCCUGAGCGCUGCCAUCCAGCAGUAG